AUGACUUUCCAGCCAAGCGUGAUUAGCUCCCAACCUCAAGUGAACGUCCAGCAGUUCACAGUUUCCUCCGGCCUGUCUGACUGGACCUCCGGCACGCUUGAGUGCUGUGAUGACUGCGGCAUUUGUCUGUGUGGGACCUUCUUGCCAUGCAUACUGGAGUGCAAGGUGGCCCAGGACAGCGGAGAGACCUGCUGCGUGGCAUUCCUCCCUGGCAGCUCGGUGGCAUUGAGGACCCACAUACGUCACAAAUACCGCAUUGAAGGCUCGGUGUGUAAUGACUGGUGUGUGAUGGCCUGCCUGUAUCAGUGUGGACUGUGUCAAAUGGCGCGAGAGCAAAAAAUGAGAGCUUAA